GCACACUAUUUGUUUCCGCCCAUUCAGUGAAGCAAACCGGUUUGCAAAUCUCUUGCUUUGCACUUGUCCAUCCCUGUUUAUACUACUUAGUAGUAGUACAUGUUAAUGCCAACAACCUUCCUUCAUACUACGUAUGGGGGAAGAGUUCGACAUGGAUCGACAGGAGAAUGAAGGACCCUAUGAUGAUCAACAUCAAGAGACAGAAAUCACAGGUCCUCAAGAAACUGCCAAGACAUUUGCCUGGAGGAAUAUUCUUGCCUUCUGGUUCCUUGGGCUGUGUAACAACUUCGGCUAUGUGGUGAUGUUAAGUGCCGCUCACGACAUCCUCAAACAAGAAGAACACCAGGGAAACUCCACUGUAACCCAGAGUGGCUUCAACAAGUCUAACCAGUAUGACUGCAACCCUAUAUCAACAGGGGCAAUACUUCUUGCAGAUAUCUUACCUGCACUUACAGUAAAGAUGACUGCUCCUUACUUCAUUCAGUCUAUACAUUACAGCAUAAAAGUAGCAGCUGUUGUGCUUUUUGGUGCUGCCAGUUUUCUCAUCGUGGCCUUCUCACACACUGUGGAAGUUAGUGUUCUAGGUGUUGCCUGUGCCAGUAUAGCAUCAGGUCUGGGAGAGCUGACAUUUUUAGGACUGACCUCCUUUUAUCACAGGUCAUCUGUGUCAGCUUGGUCAUCAGGAACAGGUGGUGCCGGGGUGGGAGGUGCCCUCUCGUACGCCGGCCUACUACAGAUCGGGGUCUCAGCAAGGAACUCCCUUCUUAUCAUGCUCUCUGUGCCUUUUACUCUCUCUGUUAGCUUUUGGUUAAUCCUUGAGAAGAGAUGGGCCAGUGCUGGGAGUUCCAUCCCAGUGGCAGACAGAGAACCUCUGUUAGCUGAGUCUGACGGGAGACCAGCUCCAGCCAGACAGUCAGGUCCAAAUCUUUCUCUCACGCAGAAGUUCCAACUUGUAAAGCCACUUGUAUGUAAGUACAUGGCUCCCCUGUUCCUGGUGUAUGUGGCUGAGUACUUUAUAAACCAGGGACUGUUUGAGCUCAUCUUCUUCAGAAACAUCUGGCUCAGCCACUCUGAGCAGUACAGAUGGUUCCAGGUGAUUUACCAGAUCGGAGUGUUUAUCUCCCGUUCCUCUGUCAGCAUCGUGCAGAUCCACGCACUCUGGCUCCUCGCCUUCUUCCAGUUUGUGAAUGUUGGCCUGUUCCUGCUGGAAGUGCUGCACCCGUUCCUGCCCUCCAUCUGGAUAGUCUUUGCCAUGAUCCUGUGGGAGGGUCUGCUGGGGGGAGCCGCCUACGUCAACACCUUCUACAAAAUGUCACAUGAGAUUGCAGAGGAGCACCGUGAGUUCUCCCUCGGAGUGACGUCCCAGGCUGACAGCUGUGGGAUCGCCGUUGCCGGGGCGAUAGCCAUUCCUGUACACAAUGUACUCUGUUCUAUGUAAGAAGAGGCUAGAUGUUGUCAAUCUGCAACCAAUUAGAUUACUUUUCAAUUGUAUGCAGUUUCGUUGUACAUUUUGAUGCAGAAAAUUAGGGAAUGUUUUGAGCUGCAGUCAAUGUUGUACUACUGCCUCUGCAUAAGGACCACCUGUGAAAUUUCUUUUAACAAAAGAUUUAUUAUGUAAUAUAUAUAUAUGAUUGUAGUUCAAAUAGAUUUGUUAUCUCAACCUCAGUGCCAUUCAAUGUGAAUGUUCUAGCAAUACCUGUACAUUCAGACAUGUUAAGCUAUCAGUACUGCAUGUUAGAAAGUUAACUCAGGUAUAAUGUCAAUUGUCAUCGCAAUAUUAUACUGCCAGUUUACUCUUGCCAAUUUUAAGUACUUUAUUACAGACUGACUUGCUAUUAAAUGUAAUAAGGACAUGAUGUACACAAAGCACAGCCAAUGACAUACUGUUUGCCAUUGUGUUUUUU